GUUUUGUUAAAAUAAAAAAGAAGUAGAAAUUAACGUUAUAUAAAACAUUUUUAAUUUGAAAUUUAAAAAGUGAAAGAUGAAUUGUUAUUGGAAAUGAAUUUAAAUACUUAUAGAAUAUCACCUGUAGCACACUGUAGUUUAUUGACAAUAGAAGAAAUAUGCAAAGAAAGAAUUCAGUUAUAUUCGAUAUUUGAACAAGCUAAAAUUUUAGAGCUCGAGGAAGGAACUGAACCAUGGUCUAAUUUUAUAAUAUCAAAUAUAAAGCAUUUGAAAUUAAACACUUAUCAUACUCUAUUAGGUUAUAAAUUACACCAGGGGUUUUUGAAAUCUAAACGGAUAGAUAAUACUGCUCACUGGAUUGUUGGUUUGAGUUAUUGUCGAACUAAGGAAUUACAAAAACUUUUCGUAAAUUGGGAGUUACAAUGGUUUCAUUUGUUAUACAUUAACACAAAAAAAUCCGAUAGGCAAAUGUUUUUGUUGAAAAAUAAUUUGAUGUGUAAGGAAUUGGAAUAUUUGGAGAGGAUAUCGUUUUCUGACGAAAUUAUUAACGGAACUGAAGUUACUAAAAGCGAUUAUCACUCAACUGUGUUUUAUAAAACAAAAUAUUAUGAAAUACCAGAAAUAGUUGCUGGUAGAAAAGCAUUUUUAAAAGGCGGAGUUGCUGUUUUUUCCGAAAAUUAUUAUAUCUGUUUUAUAAAAAAUAAAUUGAGGCACGAAUUUAUGAUGCAUUUGAAUUUUCAAAAUAAAGUUUAUCCUCAUUUGAACGAUAGAUAUAAAUAUUUAGUUCAUUGUAUACCGCAGUACAUUCCUGUCUUAAAUUUUGGUAGUGAAUUAGAUAGUCUUAGUUUGGAUAAUAUUGACCUGUUUGCCGAUCACCAUUUCCCCCUAUGCAUGAGAAAUUUGCAUAAAACUCUCAGAACUAAUCAUCAUUUAAAAUAUGAUGGUAGAAUGCAACUAGGGGUGUUUUUAUUUUGGUUGGGUCUUUCUUUCGAAGACGCUAUGGAAUUUUGGAAAAACGAAUUUGUUAAAAAAAUGCCUGAAGAUUUAUUCAAUAGAAAGCAUGCUUAUUUAUUUAAACAUCAAUAUGGGUUAGUAGGAAGGAAGAGUUCGUAUCCCCCCUCGAGUUGCAGUAACAUUCUUCUAUAUACCCCGUUGCCAAAUCAACAUCACGGAUGUCCUUUUAAACAUUGGUCUAAAACAACUCUAUUAAAAACUAUAGAUAAAGAAGUUCCAUGUUUGAAAGACAUUGAGGAUCUGGUAGACCAACGACAGUUCCAGAAGGCUUGUACGACAUAUUUUUGUAGAUCGAAAAAUGUUGCUCAUCUUAGCGUUGAAAAUGAUGUUAUAAAAAGCCCGAAUCAGUAUGUUCAUGAAAGUUUUCUAGUUCGUGAUAUUUUAGAAACGAUUUUUGAUGAUGAUAUUUAGUCGAAUUGAAUUAAAAAAUGUAGUUAUUUUAUUUUUAGUAAAUAAGUAUAUUUUUUUAA